UGAGUCAGAGAUAGACAGGGGCGGACUGACAACUCAUGGGGCCCCCAGGCAAUAGGGGAUCAUGGGGCCCCUGUGUCCUUGCCCAAACUCAAAAAAGCCUAUGAAAAGGGUACCAGGGGCAUCUCAUGCUGACCCCGGGCCCUCGGGCAGUGCCCGAGUUUCCAAAUGGCCAGUCCGCCCCUGGUCUGAAGAGAGUAGAGUAGACUAGUAGGACUAACAGAUUUUUAUGGAUUUUACACAAUUGACUAGCACGUUACAACCUAACUUCAGCUAACACUUUUUUUAAGCAGUUACAGAAACACUUUUUGUCCUUUUA